AUGUUGGCCUCGUCCCCGCCCCCGCUGCCAACUGGCGAGAUCAGCCCCCCUUCGCCCCCGGCGCCAACUGGCGAGUGGUCCCCCGCCCUCGCCGCCGCGGCCGCACCCCGGGCUCGAGCCCGCCGACACCCAUACCUCUUUGCGCGCGUCGCCGCGCCCCGAUUCCCCCAUCGCCGUCCAUCCCCGAAAUCCCCCUCCAUCGCCACCUCCCAACACCCCCCCCGGCCGCCAACUGGCGACCUCGCUCCCCCCCGCCCCUCAGGGCUUCCCCGGGCCCCAUCCCAGGGCCCGAGUCGCGAUCCUGGGCUCCAAUGCCCUGGGUGA